UGGCUGCAAAGCACGGCCUCGCCUCGGCUUGCCACUCCUUCCUCUCCGUCUUCCACAGCCAUCUCCCCUUCGCACACCGCUCUCGCCGCAGCUCGCACCUCCAGCACCUCUCUGCACCGUCUGCUGCGUCUCUCGAUCGCGCCCGGUGCUCGCCGCUCGCCAUGGCCGCCCCGCCUCGGGCCGGCGGCGCCUCGUCGCGUCGCGCGCCCAUGCCGCCGCCGCUGCGGCCUCAGCCCGUGGCCAGCACCUCUGCGCUGGCGCCCGCCGUCAGCCCCGGCAACUGGGCCGCCAGCCGUCGAUACGCCAUCGUCGUCGAUGCCGGCAGCAGCGGCUCGCGCAUGCAGGUGUACAGCUGGCGCGACGCACGCGUCGACCGCGCAGAACGCAUGCGCGCCGGCAACAGCACGCGCGUGCUGCCGAAUGUGGAGAAGGGCACCUGGGACGGCAGUGGCGACGAGUGGCAGUGGAAGGUCGAGCCAGGCCUCUCGUCGUUUGGCACACAUCCGCAAGACCUCGGCGCCUACCUCACGCCAUUGCUUGACCACGCCUCGACGCUGAUCCCGGAGCAUGCCAUCGCCGACACGCCGAUCUACGUGCUCGCGACGGCCGGCAUGCGUCUGCUGCCCACAGCACAGAGCGACGCCGUGCUGCGCGAGACGUGCCGCAUCAUCCAGCGCGAUACGCGCUUCAAGAUUCCGCGUCUGGCCGGCUGCGAGCAGCAGGUGGCCAUCAUCUCGGGCGAGGAGGAGGGCCUGCUGGGCUGGAUCGCCAUCAACUACCUCAUGGAUGGCUUUCACUUCCCGACUUCGCUGCCACCGUCCGCUUCUGCAGCCGCUACGGCCGGCCUUGCGCCACAAGCGCGGCCCAAGGCAAAGUCGACAUUCGGCUUCCUCGACCUCGGCGGCGCCUCGACGCAGAUCGCCUUCGAGCCGGCGCAUCCCGAUGGCGAGGAGCUGACCAAGGUCACGCUGCGCAUGCUCGACGGCACCGACGUCGCUUCCAACGUCUUCGUCACGACGUUCCUCGGCUACGGCACGAACCGGGCGCGCGAGCGCUAUGUCUCGGUGCUCGAGCAGGCGCACAACGGCACGCAGCUCGGCGCCAGUGCCAGUCUGGCAGCAUCCAAAGCGGCCGUCGCUGUGCCGACGUCUACGCCGCAAGAUCUGCCCGCAUCAACACGGCCAGGCGAUCUGAUCCGCGACCCAUGCCUGCCCGAUGGCCUCACGCUAGCCACGGGCGCCAACGCCACGCUGCUCGGCACUGGCUCGUGGGAGGGCUGCGUGCAGAGUCUAGAGCCGCUGCUCGACAAGCAUGCCCUCUGUGCGCGCCCGCCAUGCCUCUUCCACGGCGUCCACGUGCCCAAGAUCGAGUUCUCGGCCAACCACUUUGUCGGCGUGAGCGAGUACUGGUUCUCCAGCAACGACGUCUUCGGCCUGGGCGGCGUGUACGACUUUGUCUCGUUCCAAAAGGCAGCGCGCGACUUCUGCUCGCGGCCAUGGCAGGAGAUCGAGGCCAAGUACCGCGCUGGCACGGAGUGGGGCGCGCAAGUCGAUCUCGGUCGUCUGCGCAUGCAGUGCUUCAAGAGCGCAUGGAUGACGACUGUGCUUCACGAGGGCAUUGGCCUGCCGAGACUCGGCGAGCCGGGCGGCGCAGGCGAUGGCGAGAAGCACUCCGAUGACGCGCAGGAGAAGGCAGACGCCAAGAACCUCUUCCAGAGCGUCAACGACGUCAAUGGCCUUUCAGUCUCGUGGACUCUCGGCAAGGCUGUCCUCGAGGCUAGUCGCGACAUUCCGCCGCCGCCGGCACUCGGCAGCCCCGAGGCAGCGCCGAUCGUCUCGGACCCGGGCCCGCCGACGUGGGGCAACAAGUUCAGCCCCAUGUGGCAUCGGCCAGGCGAUGCCGUGGCAUCGCUGCCUCUGCCGCCUCUUCGCGCAGGCGGGCACUCCGUCAGCGGCGCAGCGGCGCUCAUGGCGCUCAUCGGCACGAUCCUCGUCGCCAUGAUGCUCUGCUUCAUCCGCGGCCGCUCACCGCGCGCCAUCAAGCGCCGCACAGCACUGCGCGAGAUGCUGCCGCCGCCACUGGGCUCUUGCAUGGGUCUCUUCGCGCGCGGCAGCGGCGGCGACUCGCGGCGGGCUGGUCGUGGCGACUACGUGCUCGCCAACAUGGAGGAGGCAGGCGAUGCGGAGCACUUGGGCGACUACUCGGACGGCGAGGCGGGCGCAGGCACAUCGAGCUCGGAAGAGGCGGACCCGAAGGCCGUGCGCACGUCGCACAAGCGGCAGCGCAGCCGCGGCGGCGUCGUCGCCACGCUCACGUGGCCACUCCGACGCCUGCUCUUCGGCGCUCGCGCAACACCAGUCGGCGGUCUCACAAGCCGACAUGGCUCUCCCGGCAGCUCUCGACGCAAGCCUAGCUCUUCACGCUUCCCGCCACGACGAAGCACGAGCAGUCCAGGCGCGGGCAUGAACAUGCUGAUGCGCACCGACUCUGCUGCUGCGCUGCCGACGCUCGGCAUUGUGGGCGUGGGCAGCGGCGGUGUCAGCUCGGCAAGCAGCAUCUCCAGACCGUCAAGUCGCGCUGGUCCUCGCGUCGGCGGACUUGCAUUCACGAGCAGCGCCGCUGGCUCUGGCGCAGCGAGCCUGGGCAUGGGCACGCCGCUCGGCUCUCCGCCGUUGCAUCAGCGAGCCGCCAGUCCUUCGCCUUUCGCCGCAGCAUGGGCUUCUUCCGCCGCCAACGACGCUCCCUCCCUCUCCGCGACCACGUCUGGCUACUCGAGUCGCUCCGUCUCGCGCGCCGCAUCGCCCGCAUUCGGGCUGCCGCCACCUGGCAUCGGUGCGAGCGGCAGCACGACGCCUGCGCCGCUCAGUCGCAACCACUCGACGGCCAGCUUGACGAGCUUGGCGACGCUCACGCCUCGCACCGCCGGCGCCUUCGCGAGACGCGUCAGCAACUCGUCGCAUGCGCACCCCGGCGAGAGGAUGUUUGACGCGGCGGGAGAGGAGGAGCUCAAUUGAGCGGAUGGCGCGCACGGCGCGGGGGGGUCGGUGCGACCUCUCAACCACGAAGAAGAGCAGUGGCCACAGGAGGGCGGCCUUCUUGAGUUCGAUCGCUCACGGGUCCUCGUGCUCCUGGAUGUGUCUUCGCAUUCCUUGCGGGCAGAUGCGGAACGGGAGACUCGCUCGUCUCUCUUCCCCGUCCGCUCGCCGAAGAAGGCGAGCCUGCAGCCAAGAUAUCGGGCCACUCGUGCGCGAUGGGCGCUCCACAUCAGCCCCGCAAGCUCCGUCAAGAUCGCGGCGCCGGUCGCUCACGAGGU